AUGGACCCAACGGUCCAGAGCCAAUCGCCUCACCUCCUACCUCAGCAACAGCAACAGCAACAGCAGCAGCAGCAGCAGCAACCGCAAGAUGUUCUCGCCGAGGCGCGCAAGAACUUGCAGAUGCUGAUGGAGGCUGGCCUCUCCCGCGAUCAGCUCCAUCAGCUACUCGACACGCAAAUGCUGCAAACCCUCGCUGAUCCGAACCAACAGCCGACGCAGCAACAGCAACAGCAGCAGCAACAACAGCAACCACAUCAACAGCAAACGCCAGACCACUCGUCGAUACAACCGCAACAGCUUCAAUCGCAACUCCCUGCGCUCGCGAUCCCUCCAGCGCCGCAAUGCCCGCCUCCGCCUCCUCCCACUGCUGCUCGCCAGGCCGACCAGCAGCAACGACAGCAACCCGCGGUGCUUUCGCCCGUCUCGCAGAACUCGACGACGCCCAUCGCGCCGCCCGCGAACAGCUCGAUUCUACGGAGCGACAUGAAGCCCCAAUUGCCAAUGACGGAUGAUGGAACUGCAACCCUGUUUUCGUACCCUCCUCCCACUGCGCCUUUUGUCCACCGCCCACGCUUCUCUGUCUCAUCCACCAGCUCCGGCUCCUCGGGUCACGCCUCCGUCUUCUCAAACAUGUCGUCACAUUCCGCAAUGUCUUGGGCGUCGGCAGGCACCAAUGGCCCACGCUCGCAGGCCCCGCUGCCCAUGCCGCCGCAGAUCACCUCCCCGACCGGCCAGCCCGUGAUCACGGGCGGCCAGAUGAGUGCCCCCGGGUCGCUCAACAAGCAGAAUAUCUACUGGUGCACGUCGUGCGAGACGAGCUUCAAGCGCAAGUACGACUGGAAGCGCCAUGAGGACGAGUUUCACGAGCGAUGGAGGAAGUACCCUUGCCCGGAGCCUGGGUGCAACCGCAGCUUCUGGGGGUCCAACUCCUUCAACCAGCACCACAAGCAAUGCCACGGCUGCACGACCUGUCCCCACGCCGAAAAGGUCGUUCGAUUCCUGCGCAAGCGCAAGUACUGGGCAUGCGGCUUCUGCUCCGCGCUCCAUCCCGCUCGCGAGCGCCACGUCGAGCACGUGGCCCGGCAUUUCGAGUCUGGCAUGACAAAGGGAGAAUGGAUGCACUCGCGGGUCGUGUACGGUCUUCUCCACCAACCUCUGAUUCGCGAGGCCUGGGAUUCUCUCAUCAGCAGCAAGCAGUCGAGCUACUCUGGCAGGCGACCGCGUUUCAGUUGGCACCCCAGCAAGACGGGCCGGGCGCAGGGCUUCCUCGAGAAGGAGAACCCAGGGCAGCUGCAGGACCUGCUCGAGUUCUUCUCCGGCAACGAGGGGGAGGCUGAGUUCAUUGCUAGCGUCGCGUAUGACCUGGCCGAUAUCGUGAUGGACAACAUCCAGCUCACGCCCCCUCCCUUCCCUGGUCAGCCCCAGGGCAUGCAGCAGUUUCAGGAUCCGCGUGUGUCCUUCAACCCCAUGCCACCUCAGCCGCCGACCCAGCAAGUCAUGUCCAAUGGCAGCCCGAACGCCCACACAUCGUACGCCUCAGCCUACCAAACACCGAUGAUGAUGCCUUCACAACAAUUCACGCGUCCCAAUGGGCCGUCGCCCUCUGAUUCGACUGGUCAUUCGCCCAUGACGGCCAAUCAUUCACCCAUGACCGCCAACCAUUCACCCAUUCCCUCGACACACUCGAUCAAGCAAGAGCACCCGCACUCGGCGGCGCAGUCGAUGGAGUCGAGCGAUGGCGUGGUGGACUUUGAUUACUCGCCUGCACCCGUCGUUUUCGACGAUUGGGAGAGCAUGCACAGUCAAAACAUAGACGAGGCCACACCGGGGCAACCGGCUGCCCAACAUGGAUGGGGCAUGAUGCAGUACUUUGCUGAUCCGAGGGUCAACUCCUCCUAA